AUGGACUACACGCGGGGACUACGGAGAGCCAGAUCCGCUGAGCACCUCGGCAUAGGAUGGGAAGAACUGGAAGACAGGACUACAAAGAUCGCGUCUUCCAUCCUCGUGGUCCUCCUCCUCACGUCAUCUCUGGCCCUGACGAACACCAGUGACAGCCAUCCUCUGGGUGGAUCUGUUGGGACCCAGAGCAUCCAUGUCAAUGUCUUCCGAGGUACGGUCAGCAUCCGAGACAACAAUGUUUUGAGUGAAUGGGAUGGAGUCUUGGACUACAAGAAUGCCCUCUUGGUGGCUAAGCUGUAUAGCAAGAUGGCUUGUGUCUUGGCCAAAAUGGAUCAAGAUGCCUUCCCAACUCUGGAUGACAUUACCAAGGCCCUGGACCACCAGGCUUUAAAGCAUUAUCCAUCCACGCGCGGCCUGACCUACACGGUUUUACCCAGCCGGGUCAAGAACUUAUCACAGUACGGAAUGCCCAUCAAGGACAUGUGCCGGGAGGUCCCUACCUACUUUGCCCAGCAGCAAAAAGAAGGUGCUGUACUGGCAGUUAACCCUGACUCGUGUUUUGAAGUGCAGCUUCUGUCCUUUAUGGGGCUCUCCAUCUGUGGUGAGAUCCCUGGGCUCUGA